ACGUCCAGAAUCAGUUCAUCCACAUCUCCAGGACAGGGGUCAAAGGUCACGGUCAGGAGGGUCCACUUUAGGACAGAGAGAAAGAAAACUAAACCAUCUGCAGGUCGGCUUCAUGAGCCGAACAUUCAGAUCAGCGGAGGGCACGACCUCUGACCCAUGACCUAAUGGAAGGUCCUAUUCGUGAACUAUUGACCUGUCAGUGACAUGAUGCCAUUAUCAGUGUGUUUCUGGGCCUGUUGCUCUCAAGCUGGACGGUGGUCACAGCUGGUUCUGAAGGUCCAGAUGUUGUAGGAUCUUCCUGCUCUGCAGCCCACCGGGUCGGCCUGCAGCUAGCUGCUAACAGCUAGCUGCUAACAGUAGCCGCUAACAGUAGCCGCUCCACUGCUAACAAAUCAGCAAUUUUCUUGUUACAUUUGGAAAAAUUGCAGACAAAAUUGUUGGUAUCGACCAGAAAUCUGCAAUCGGUGCAGCUCCAAUUUUUGUCCCAUGAACAUUUCAAAGGUUUCCAUCGUUCUGCUCCAGUUUCCAUGAUUUUUGCAGCAAAUCGUUUAAUUUCCAGCAGAAUCAGAACAGAAAUCAGAUUAAAUGAAUCCUCAGUUUGAAGUUCCUCUGAGCGGUUCUGAUGAAGCGGGCCCCAUCCGGGCCCAGUCAGCAGCAGCCAAUCAGCAGCCAGCUCUGCCUGCUUGGGUCCAGUCAUGUGACCCAGAGUUUUAAUCCAGUCUGACGGCGCCGAGCCGACAGAAGCCUCCAGACGACGGCCGACCUCACCUGGCGACCGCACCGCCUGACCUCCGCUGACCUCCGCUGACCUCUGCUGACCUCCGCUGACCAGAGGAGUUUCUGUCAACGUGAUCAGAGCUGCAGGAGGAAGCCAGGUGUCAUCAUCAGCCAUCUUUGUUCUCCGCCGCCAUGCCAACCACCGCUGUGGGCAGGAAACUGGAUUUGUCCAAACUGACGGAUGAAGAGGCCAGACACGUGUGGGACGUCGUCCAGAGAGACUUCGACCUGCGGAGGAAAGAGGAGGACCGGCUUGGCGAACUGAAGAGUAAAAUAGAGAAAGAAGACACGAAGCGGGAGCUGCUGGGGAGCCGCAGCAGCCUGGCCGAGUCCUACUGCAUCCGCUGCCUUCAGCCCUUCAGGUUCCUGGUCAACAUCAAGCGUCAGUGUUUGGACUGCCAGCUUCACGUCUGCCGCUCCUGCAGCCGCUUCAGCAGGAGGGAUCAGGGCUGGCUGUGUGAGCCCUGCCACCUGGCCAGGGUUCUGAGGAUCGGUACGUUGGAGUGGUACCAUGAGAACGUCCGGGCCCGAUUCAAGCGCUUUGGCAGCGCCAAGGUGAUGCGAUCUCUGUUUAAGAGGCUGAGCGGGGAACACAGCCGCUCCCAGAGCGACCCCACAGAGCGCCCAGAGUUUGACACCCGCAGCGAGCCGGAGCGCCACAGUGGAUAUGAGGAUCUCAGCCUGGAGGCAGCCGACUCUCCAAACCUGCAGAUGAAGAAGGCCAAACGGAGGUUGACUGUUGAUCCCGUUGAUUUCGUCCUCGGCUUCGAUUAUUCAGCAAACUCCAGACCUCAGGAGGAUCAGGCCUCCGGCGUUCAGGACGCGAUGGGCUCGAUGCUGGCUGAGCCCGACAUGCAGGACGAUGUCCACCAGAACCUCCAGCAGGACAGCCAGAGCCUGGACCUGGACAUGCAUAAUCAGCACGAUGAAAUGGCGUAUGCGGAGACCCGCACCGGCCCGUCCCGCUCCGUGUCCCGGCUCAGCUACUCGUCCUGCGGCAGCGGCAGCAUCGGCCUGCGGGGUGGCAGCAGCUUCCUGCCCAGCCUGGACGACUCCGAGGCCGAGGACGACCUUUGCCCCCGGGUCCCGGCGUACCGGUCCCACCUGGACCCCGGCAGCCACACGUCUCAGGAGAGCCUGAGCUCAGCCGGCGCGACGCCGCAGAUCGGUGACCUGAACAAGCGAAUGUCGGCCAUUGAGACGCUGCUGAGCUGCUUGGAGCAGAAAGUGACGUCGGCUAACAGGAAGGACGUCAGAACCGCCCAGAGUCCGUCUCCUCCUCGUCUUCCUCAGUGGGAUGAAGAGGAGCUGGAGGAGCAGCAGCUCCGGCUGAAGCUGCACCAGCUGACCCACAACAUCAGCGACCAGAGCCUGAGCUCUGAGGAGGACGAGGCGGGCCGGAUCCCCACCAGAACCAGGACCAGAACCAGGCUGGAGGAGGAUCUGAAGGCCGACCGCCUCCCACUGAGCCCCGACACGCAGCAGCGCCCUCUGCUGGAGCCGCCCAGAACCGCCUGCAGAGGCUCCGCCUCCUUACUGCUGGAGCUGGAGGACAGAGUGGCUCAGGCGGCCGCCGACGUGCAGAGCGCCCAGAGCCAGGUUUCCUACAUCGAGGAUCGGAUCGCUGCACUGAGCACCGCUGGAGAUCCAACAGACCGCAGGAGGAAAUCAGUGAUCCCGGUCCGGGCUCGGAGACUCUCCCAUAACGUUCCCAGCAAAUCCGGUGCCGAGGGCGGGCUGAUGAAGAGGAGGCUGAGCAUCAUGUGACCUUCAUCGCUUCGCAAAGGUGUUAGUGAACAUCCCAGCAUCCCGUUACCGUGGUAACAGGAUGGCGUUCCAGCCUGUAACCGUGUUUUUUUUUUUUUAUCUCUUUGUGUUUAUUUAGUUUGAAGGUUUAAUCGUAAACAAGCGUGAAUGAAUCUGUAACCAUAGCAACGUGAUGGAGCUGCUGGUGGAUUUCACAGAAGCUCGUUUAAGUUUUUAUAAUUUCUGAAGUUCGUCUUUAUUUCCAUCACAGAACCAGAACCUCCAGCAGGUCGGCGUCACACUGCCAUCUACAGCUUUGACUAAAACGCCACUCACAAGAUGGCGGCUGCGUCUCUGCAUCACAGCUCAGUUUAAAUCUGAUCAAUAUUUUAGAUUAACAUAUUCUUAGUUUUUGCUGAUGUGAUUUUUUUAUAAUCUUUAUUUCACUUCUGUUCCUUUUGUUGAUAUUUUUCUGUGUUGGUUUUUAAUUGUACAGCGACCAUGAGAGUCCUGAAAGAUACUUUAAAAUAAAGUGUAUUAUUACUUUAUUAAAGUGUAAUAUUACAGUAAACUGGGCCUGACCUACUUCAGGACGUGCGGCUGAAGGAACACAACCGGAACUGAAGGUCCAGAAAGAAUCCAGAACCAGAACCAGGUUUGGUGUCAGAACUGGGUCUGGUUU